CAAUCUCCUUGAACGUCUCGCAGUGUUUACAGUUCACCAUCAUUUCAAAGAUCGAGCGACUUCAGUGAGAUCUCCACAAGAAAUAUGGGAAUUUUGGCAAGUCGAGGAAUAGAGUAUGAAGACAGCUAUCGUUCCUUUUCCGAGAAAGAGCGCCAACAACUUUUGUCCCUAUUCGCCAGGCUGGCUACAGCGAACGAGCAUGGAAUAAUGAAGGUAGAGCUUGAGCCGUUCAAGAACCAGUUGACAUGGCUUUUGCCAGAGCCCAUCAUUGACCGUUUCUUUAAAGAAAUGUGCAAUAUUCAGCGGGCUCGUAGAGCUUUGAAAAAUCCGCUGCAGAAUGGACAAGUGGGAAAGGUGGCUUUCUUUGUGUCCAUGUCUCAUAUCUUUAAAAGAAGCAGAGAAGAGAAAGCACACAUAUUUUACUACUUAACAGCUGAUGUUGAUCAAGUUGUAACCAGCGUAGAGGUAGAAGAUCUCUGUAAAACACUAUUGGAUGCCUAUGUAAUUGCAUUAAAGAAGACAAGCAUUGGUGCAGAAUGGAAGCUGCAAACAAAUGCACAAGCAAACCAUAGAUUUGCCAAAAAUGCCAUCAAAGAUCUUCUAGGGAAGAAAACAGAUCCUAGUUGUGUUUCUCCUGAGGAAGUUGUCUCAUGGUUUGGUAAGUUUCCACUGAUUGAAAAUUUGUUUCUUGCUGUGUCAAGAGCUUGUUUCCUUGAUGUGGAGAGUCUGUUAGAAGAGAAGCCUCAUGGACUGGAUGAAGGAUGUGAAGAGACAGUUGCACAUGUUCAGUAUGACAGGUCACACAUCAUAAUGCCAUGCAAGUUUGAAGUGGAUUUCAGUAAAAUUGAUUCACUGUUGGAUAUUCCAUCUAUUGUCCUCAUUAAUCAUCACUUACCGGCAUCACAGCAACAUCGAUGGCGGCUUUUGUUCUCAACUCAGAUUCAUGGUGAGAGCUUCAGUGCUUUCAUUCACCAAAUAACCAAUCAAGGACCUGUGGUAAUUGUGGUCAGAGACACUAGUGGACAUGUCUUUGGAGGGUUUGCCUCAAUGAGUUGGACUAUCAAGUCUCAUUUUGUAGGUGAUAGCUACUGCUUUCUGUUUAGCGUAAAGCCUAACAUGGGUGUGUAUCACCCUACUGGCUACAACGAGAACUUCAUGUAUCUCAAUAUGGGCAUGCAAACAAUGCCCAAUGGACUGGGUAUGGGUGGUCAGUUUAACUACUUUGGGUUUUGGCUGGAUGAUGAUUUUGGUUCAGGGCAUAGUCGUGGUCAACCCUCCUGUACGACAUAUGGCAGCCCACAACUCUCUGCAGAGGAAGAGUUUAAGCUUGACAAGCUGGAGGUCUGGGGAGUCGGUGUACCCCCAGAAAAUGAGUUGGAAAAAAAGAGUGUAUUGGACACAGAGAUAGAAGCCAAAGCCUUCUUGGAAGUGAUGGGCAAGAAGAUGCACAGUGAAGGAUAUAGAGAGCCAGAGACAGACUAGCUAAACCAUGACAGAGAUCUUAUGAUAGAAGUUUAUCAUGUAAUAUUAAAUACUGUAUUUUCUGGAUUAAUCGCCAGGUGCCGAAUAAACGCCGGGUGUCCCAGGUAGAUUCGUUCAUAAGAUCCGCGAGGAAUUUACAUUCAAAGUAUAAUAAACUUUAGGUAUGGUUCAUUCCGGUUUCAUUCAUCCAUUCAUUCGUGAUUAUAUUUAGCUCUCAAAAAUAAGAUAGGAGAGGAGGGAGGGAUUUAAUCGAGAAAAUACGUACUUGCAUUUAGAAUGUCUUACUGUUCAGCUUUUUAUCCAAGUACAAACAUAGUUUCAGACCAAGACCUUGCUUUUUAGCAUCUGUAUUUGUUUAAUUUAAAAUGGAAAAUACUUCCAAAAUCAAUCCUGGGCCAGGAAGCUUAUAAUUUAUUUGCCCAGGACAUUCUCUUUUUCAUAAUCAGUCUUUCAAUGGGAUUUUGCACGACAAAAAAUGAAAAAAUUAAACAAGACUUACUUCCCUGUAAAGUGAAGUUUGAUUGGAAUCCUAUCAAGUCAUCAUACUGCUCCAAGAGAUGUCUGCUUGUGGUGGCUGUAUUGAACAGGAGGGCGGUGCUAUCCAUGAUAACCGUGAGAGUUAACUUUGUUUUUGACAUUUCGCCAUACUGGGUAGAGCUAACAAGCUUAGCCGAGCAACAAAAGCUCCUGUACUUUUUGAAACACUCAGUCCAUCCUUUGGCUUCGACGUGGGAGCAAGUCCCACACCUCUUCACUGGCACUCUUGACGUUGAGAAGCGUGAUAUUCUGUUGUGAUAAAUAUGUGUCCAUACUCUCUUAAUGUCGGUGGAGAGGUCAUCCGUCAACAUAUUGUCAAUUAUUUCUGUAGUUUUUCACUAAGUAGCUGGGGAUUAUUUCGUGUUAGGUAGAUAAGCCUGGCUCAGGUUCCCUACGAUGUUGGUCUGGCUCUGAGACUCCGAGUCGGAGCAACAGUCACCCAGUCAUUCACAGCUGUUGUGAUCUGACUGAUUUUGCUUGUCUGUCGGGAUUUGGUUGAUUUUUAAGGACGAUCUUCAGGCUGUCGCAGACGGAAAUUUUUGCUGCCGCCAUCAAGUUCUAAUUUUUGAGCCCGAGGGUGUUGCUGAGGGAUCCCCCGUCGUUGCCGACAUGGAUAACGACAUUAGAUACCGACUGGGCAACUUUUUUCUCAGAAAAAUUUGAGAAAUCUGCGAAAAAACAGCGACAUAUUUGUCCGGAAUACUAUGAUGUCCGCGCCGAAAGCACUAAUUAUGCGCAUGCGCGUAGCCAUCUCAUUGGAUCUCUAUACAGUAAUGAUGAGAUAGAAUUUCAAGUUUUGAACAAUGAGAUUAAAUACAUGCAAGCUAUACGAAAGGGGCCUGACACUUUACAAUCAGUUGACAUGUGUCAUGUGAGGGGUGGGGAUCUUAAGCAGUGGGUGUGGAAGAAAGGCUUUCCAUGGGGUGGGGUGGGGAGAGUGUUGUAAAGUGAAAAAAUUAUCCUGACAAAUUCACAAAGCAAUUUAGUUAUUGUAUAAAAUAGUAUCCGAAGUAGAAAUUAAGUAAUAUCAAUGAAUAUUGAAUGCCUCAGGAGUAAUAAUUAACACUACACAGUGUUGAGUCAAUCCCGUAUUAUGAUGAAAGAAAUCUGAACAAACUCGUCCAAGUUAGUUAGAGGAGCCUGCAUCCAUCUUGUUCUUGUCAAUAGUAGACGCACAGUGUUACAGGAAUCUUGAUGUAUGAUAAAAUCGAUUUUUAAUUACAAGAGUUAUUUAUUCGCUGAGAUAUUAUUUAUUAUUGAAUAUCAGUUAGGUAAUCUUUAACUGAAAACGACCUUAAUUCAGAAUUUUAGUAUACAAUGUACGUGAAGCAAUCUCUGUAUAUUUUGUGUGUGGUCACAUCAUCAGCAGGGCAUUAAAGUUUAAAGUUAUAAACAGACACUUCUGAGGGAUAAGCUCAUUUGAAUCCCACAGAAACUUUGCGCUGGAGGCAUACAUCAUCCUUUUUUACAACACCUGUGUUGGUUGCCAAAGAAUGGCUGGUGUUUUCUGGGUAUAAAUUGGCUGGGUAUAAAGGGUAUAAAUUGCUUACUAAUUCAUUUUGCUUGCACCGGAAACUUGAAGAGUCUUACAGGUUGCUUAUGCCGUCUGUCACGGCAGUGAGAUAAAUAUUUGAUCAACAAUGGCCAAUUAAGAAACUUCAAUCUUAUUGGCAGCAAUUCACCAAAUGAAAAAUGUUGUAGAGCGGUUUUCAUGUGAAGGUCGAAAAGUAAUUGGAAGUGAAACCAAAAGCAACCGUGACUCGUUCGCAUACGUUUUCCCGCGGUACGCGUCAACUCCGAGUUCUGAUUGGUUCGCUGGAUGUGAUUGACUAGACUGAUUACUUAGCUUUGCUUUUGGUUUUACGACACUUAGUUGAAAAUCACUUUAUAGAUCGUUUUCUCUGUCUCCCAAAAUAAAAAAAAAAUUCCAAAACCAUUUACGGGGUAAAGUCAAAAAUUGUGAUAGGAAAUAAAUUAAGAAGACACUUCUCCAAGUUUUGGGUCUCUGCGUUUUCCCAAACUUCAGAUAUUCGUCGAAAUGUUUUGCAAAAAUUUACAGAGGCCAGUAUGGAGCCACCAUGUUGACGUGCUGCGUACUCUGUGGUACAACAAUAUGGCGGCC